AUGGUUGCCCGCCGCCGCCGCGGCAACCCCGUCGUGCCGAGGAGCACCGUGCGCGUUUACCGCAACCCCGUGGUGACCACAGUGACAGCGCGCCCGGGCGUCGCGCGCCGGUGGGUGCACACCGCCCUGUGGCGGCACCGACGGCCGCGUCUCUACUCCGCCGACGGCGACGGCCUCACGGUGGGUCUAGGCGUGCAGUGGACGCCGCCGUUCCGGAAGCUAUCCCCGGGCGCCGAGCCGCGGCCGGGCACGCUGCAGCUGUCUGCGGGCAACAGCUGCCUGGUCUUCAAGAUCGCGCGGACCGGCGGCGCGGUUCCCCGGAUCCUGCGCCGGUUCCUGGCCGACGCCCGCGUCACGUUCGCCGCCUACAACGUGGCCUCCGACUGCCGGAAGCUGCGCGCGCACCACGGGAUCGAGGUGGCGUCCACGCUGGAGCUCCGCAGCGCCGGGGAUGGUCUGGGCAACGCGCCCAUGGCGGAGAUGGCGAACCGGCUGCUGGGCAUCCCCCGCGGCCGGGUCGAGAAGCCCCGGUGGAUCGCCACGAGCGAGUGGGACGGGAGGAGGCUGUCGUGGGGCCAGGUGCGCUACGCCGCCGCCGACGCCUACCUCUCGUGCCGCCUCGGCGAGCGCAUCCGCCGCCGCUCCCGCCGUGGCAUGCAUGUCGUGGAGAUUGAAGACGAGUACGAGUCCAGCGACGGCGACGAGUCCGUGGAGAGUCGGGAGCUGGAGCCUGCAGACGACGACGACGGUGACGACGGCCGGUGGACGGAUCGGUUCGUAGGGUUCAUUGGAGGAUGGGUGCAAGACGAAGAGGAUAGGUACGGUUUGGAUGAAUACGAGAAUAAUACAUGCCUUCCUUAUCAAACCCCAGCUUUUGUCAUAUACUAG